CCUCUCCAGCUCUGGGAUAACAGCCCUAGUGCUGGGGAGGUGAAAAAGCAAGGAUGUGCAGGCCAGCCCCACACUCACUUUCCCAGCCCUGGGGUUCUUCCCCUUUGAGCACGCUGGAUUUUAUUUCAGAUCCUGCUCUGGGCUGUUUGUUCCUGCCCCAACCCUGCCCCAGGGGCUUCAUCUCAGCUCCAGCCCUACAGCACUGACUGCAGCUCCUGCUGUGUGUGCUGGGUGCCCCAGAGCCUUUAUUUCAGAUCUUUAUUUCUGUGCUGCUUUGCCUCUGGCUCUCUGCAGUCCCUAUUCCAGCCUCAGUGCCAGGGGCUUUAUUUUGCCUUUCCCCUGCCACAAUCUUUACUUCACCUCCAGGCCCGGUGUGUCUAUUUCAGGCACGCCGAGGGCUUUUAUUUCAGCCCCACAAGCAGAAUUUCAGCCCCAGAUCAGCAUCGUGUCCCCACAGUCUUUAUCAACACCUCGGUGAGAUCCCAGCUCUGCAGUGCUUCCAGCUCCACUCUCACCAACCUUUAUUUAUUGCCAGCUGUGCCUCUUCCCCCUGCAGCAGGUGCAGCUGCUCGUGCAGCAGAGCAGGAGAGAGGCAGUGGGGUCCCAGCUGGCAGGGAGGUUGUGAUUGGCUGGAGGGAUGCAUGGACUGUGUUUGGGCUGGAAGCUGAUUGGGUGUGAGGACAUGUGGUCAGCAGCGCUGCAGCUGAGCCAGCCAAUGGGUGCCCUUCUUCUCUUCAAUCCUGUUGGGCUUUGGCUGGGUUUCUGUUAUGUCAGGUGGAGAUUAAAGGUCUAGAAGGGGCAAUUUCUGCAAUAAGGGGGUCUCGUUCACUUGCACAAGGAGCUUUGUGUUGCUUUGUUCCCCAUUGCUGCAGAGGAGGGCCCCAUCCAUCUCCACUGCCCUCCAAAUGGCUCCAGAGGCAAAGAAGCCAUCUCUGUUUUGUCUCUCUUGGAUCAUUUGGGGCAUUGCCGGGUGAUUUGAGGUGUGGAGAGGGGUUCUCUUGUCCCUAGGAGCAAACCCAAGGUCAUUUUGGAGGGCUGCUGUGUUUAAAACCAGGGAAGCUGCAGGCUUUGUGGCAGCAGGUGACCUUCAAAUGCCCCCUCUCCCUGUCACCAGGGGAUCAGUUGUGCAGCUCAUCUCUCCUGAACCUAAAGCAUGACUUGAUGGGGAAGCAAAUCAAAGAGAAGAGGUGCUAUGUGAGGUCAUUGGCUGGAGACAGGGCUGACACAAACUCUCAGAGAUCCAUGUGGCAACAGUGGUGCUUUAAUAUGUAAGAGUCUCUGUAAAGAGGGUCUGAAACUCCUGGGUUCAAACAGCUGGUUUAAACAGGCUGGGAUCUCUCUCUACCUGGUUCUCAGGCCAGUGGUUCUUCUGCCUCUAGGCUUGAACAGGCUUGGCUGAGGGUCCCCUGCAUAGGUUUGAAUCUAACCUCUCCAGGGACCUGUUUAUCUUUUUUCUGGAACAAUCCAGGCCAGCCAAACUGGAUUUGUGUUACCUCCUUGUCCAGUUACAGGCUGGCUGUACCGUGACAAUUCCUCCUUUUCUUUUGAUUAAAAAUGGCAAAGUGUUCUCUGUUGUCCUGCCUGCAGGGGCCCUUUGCAGUCAGGGUGGCAGAAGGCAGCAGGGUCUCAUUUCAAUGAGGCCUUUUACGAAUUGGACUUCAAUAGUCCCAGAUGUCCAUGAGGAGGGUGAACAAGUUUCCAUCCCUGUUCCACACAUGGCUCCUCCAGCUCUGUUGUGGAGCUCUCAGGAGGAUGCUGCCUGUGGUCCUGGGCAGGAGGGACACAUCUGGCAGGCACCCAGUGUGUGUCAGGGUCUGUUGGAUCCCACAUCUCCCCCUCCCCAGGUCAUGAGACCCCACGGGCCCCCCCACCCACUGGUGAUAAGGUCUCCCACCAUUCCCUUGGGUUUGGAUGUCUGGUGGUCACUGGAUGGAUGAUUGUAGUGACUGGAAGUGAUUUAAAAUGACUGGGUUCUGGGACUUUUCUAAUACUCUCAAAUGGUUUAGUGUCUAGACAGCUUUAGCUGCCCUGCUCUGUGGGGAUUCGCUGCACAUUCUCCCUUUUGUCAAUCAGCAGAGAGAAUGAACAGAGUGAAAGGUGGAUGAACACCUCUGGGCAGAUCCAGGGGGCUUGUCUGUUUGUGAUAGCUUGCUCUGCUGUAUUGAGAGCAGCUUUUGCCUCUGGGGUUAAUUUUCUGUGGGAAGUUAAUCAGGAUCACCUUUUAGGAGGUCAGAUAAAGGUGCUAAUUGUGAGCUGGCCAAUCCUAGGUAAGGUAUUGUCUGGGUUUGGAUAAGACAGGUGCCUGCUAAAGAAGGCAGGAGCCUCCCCUGAAAUGGAGAAUGCAAGCCCUCCCCACCCUCUGAAUUGCUAUGAAUUUUAAAUUAAGGGGCUCUCAGGCAAAAAAUAUGGGAGCAGGAAAUAACAGUUCUUUAAUAGGGAAGGAAAAAAAUAAAAGGAUUAAACAAAACAAUGCAGUACACUAGAACAACCCUGACAGAGCCAGAUCUCAAGCUGACACCCUGUUGGUCAGGGUGUUGGUAGCAGUCCAGUUGGAAAAGUGGCUGCAGUCCUCCUGGAGUGUCAGGUGUGGUUCUGUUGGAGCAGGGGGUCCUGUAGAGAAAGGGUGUAUUCUUCCUCUGCAGAUCCAUGGAAGUAGAAGCAGCUGCUGUUCCUCUGGUGAAUCCAGUGGGAAGCCGUGCUGGUGUUUCAGCAUCUCCAGAUUCUACCUGGGUAGCAAUGCUUGGCUCCUCCCUCUGGGUGGAGCAUCUCACAAUGGGAUGUUACAGUUCUUAUCAGCCAUGCAGUGACAUUCAAUAGCCUGUUAUCAGCAGAUGUCCCCUGCCCAGGGAGGAGUGAUUAUGAUCACUCAGGGAGAGAGAUAAGGAGAAAUUGCCCACUUGACACCAGACAACUGCCAUACGGAGGGUAACAGAAUACAUCUUGCCUUGCAAUCUGGAAGAGGUGUGACCCCGCUGAUGGCACCCAAAAGUUUCUGUGCAUCAUUUAGAGUUUGGAUUUUGGUUGAAAAUUGAAUUGUUCCUGGUUGUACUAACUAGUCCAUUAUUUUGAGUCCCAAAUAUUUCUAGGGUGCUUGGUGCUGCACCUUCUCUGGUGCUAGCUGCAGCCCAAAUGGUUUUAAUGUUUGCAACAGGCUUGGCUGAAUCUGGGAGAGUUCCUCUUUUAUUUGGGUUGUAUCAGAAUGAAUCAUGCAAGACUCCAUUACUUCAUGCAGGAAAAAGCCCAUUCUUUAUUCACACAACUCAUUUUCAUGCAGUUUUCACAGACCUCGUGUCUGACUCCAAUUGCUCAGUAGCUUUCUUGCCAAUUACUUUAUUGGUUGGUAGAAGGUAUUUUACUUGUCCAUCAAAUCUCUCUAUUCUUAAAUUGUUUCGAUAUUUCUUUGCUGAUUCUCAUGGGGUAGAUCUACUGUUUAUGCAGGUGCCACUUUAUUUUCUCCCCAAGUAUAGACUGUUGUGUUAGCAGACUCUCCUUCUCACUUGGGAACUUGGCUGGCUGCUUAGCUGCACUAAGAAGAAGUGAGAGGCUAGCUGGUAAUCUAGCAGAGCAAGGCCUGGUUUUAUGAGGCCUUUCUUUUAUAAUUCUUUUACCUGUCGGAGCAGGGCUGCAGUCCAAAUGUCAUCCAUGUGGUGAUAACAGCAUGCCCUGGGAGUUGCUCUCUCCCUGCUGAGAGUGCCUGUGCCGUGCAGCAGGGACAGAUUGCAGGGCUGUUUGUCAUGCCUCGGGGAAGAACUCGCCAUUGGUAAUAAUAAUGAUAAUAAUUGGUAAUAAUAACACGGCAUCAUUGCACUGGUGCCGUGUUAUUGACAGGAGGCACUACAAAAGCAAACUUUGGGGUAUGGUCUGGCUGCAAUGGAAUAGUGAAAAAACAAUCCUUCAGGCCCACACUCAGGCCAGGCCACUACCCAGGCUCCAAUUGGGAGGGAAUUCCCUAAACACAUUUGAAAACAAGGCUCCUAAAAUAGCAGUUAUGAGUAAAGCCCUUGGGGUUAAAGACUAAUCAAAGCAUCCAGUAGUUGGAUCACUGUGGAGUUUCCAUCAGGAUAGAGAUGCUUCAAACACUGCAAACUGCUGGAGUGCUGCUGUAAUAAUAACUGGGCAAAAAUCACAAGACUAGCAGAUUGGAGAAGGCUUUCAACAAAGCUCUGUCUUUUGUUGGAACUCUGAAAAAUACUUAAAAUUAUGAGACAGCAUUGGGUCAGACCACUGAGCCAGUGCAGGGAGCAGCCAGAGAGCUCAGCUGAUCUAAGAGAUGCAUAAACAGCCAGAGAACAAAGACAAAGGAUCCUGAAACAACAUGUGUCCUUAAGAUAAUUGCACAAAGAGAUGUUAAAGCCUGGAGGAAGCUGGCUAUAAAUACACUAAUACCAUCUUAUAAAUAAUGCCUAUUAUUAAAUCAGAAAAUUCACACCAUGUCAUCAAUAUAUCAGUGAUAACCCUCUCAGGAAGUUGAGGGAACACCUUUCUAAACCGUCAUAUACCUAUGAUGGAAAAUGAAACAAAGGGAAAUGCUAAAACAGCUUAUAAUCAAUAACAGCCAUAAUGGAGAAUCAUCACUGACUCUUCUGUGUUACCUAUGGAAGACAAAACAGCAAUUGUAAUGAAGAUUGUAACAGGCAAUAGACUCUUUGACAAAAUCAAGGGUGAACACACUGUAUGUUCUUUAGCCAGAAACAGGUGUUUAUCAGUGUUUCAUCACAGCUGUUUUAGUUGGAUUUGUCUUUCCUCUUCAAAGAAAACAACUAUCCAUCUUACAAUGCAGAAAAUAUUUAACUGCCUUAGACUGCAAUGCAAGAUGUAACCACAAGCAUGUGUUCUGUCACCAUCUGUUAAAACCAGGUGGGGCACUUUGCCUUAUCUCUUCCACAACUAAUCCUCCCUCCAGGGAGAUAAUCUUCUGUUAAUGGGCCAUUGAGUGUCACUGCCUGACUGAUAAAAUUCCAUCCUGCCAUUGUGAGAUGCUCCGCCCAGGGGGAGGAGCCAAGCAUUCCUGCCUGGAUAUAAUCUGGCCCUUCAAACACCACAGGCAGUCUUCUCCCACUGGAUUGCCAGAGGAGCAGCUUUCUUCUCCCGCUGGAUUGCCAGAGGAAGACCAGACUCUUCUACUUCACCCCUGGACCUUCAGAGGAAAACUCCCCGAUUCUCCAGGAUCCUGCUCCAGCAGAACCACAGCUGGCACUGCACGAGGGCUGAGCCACCAUUUAACGGGACUGCUGCCACCACCCUGAGCCACAGGGGUCAGGUUGUAUUCUGGCUGUGUCUGCUGCAGCAGUAAAAUUGUUUUUGUGAGCUAUUCAUUUCUAAACUUUGAAGAACUGAUGCAGAUAAAAUUCAAAGUUACAGGACUUAGUUAAGACCUUAAAACUAAUUGCUGCAAAUAAUCUUGGGAGAAGCGGAGAGCUGCGGGCUGGGCGUGAGGCAGAGCGGACGGCGAUCGUGGUCAGGAUGGCCCUCACCAGUUUUUUGCCAGCUCCAACCCAGCUGUCCCAAGAUCUGCUGGAGCUAGAAGCAAGAGCAGGAGCUCAGGGAUCCAGGCAGACUGCUCUGGUCUCCUCACAAAGGGAACCUCCCCACUAUGGUUACCGGAAAGGAUGGAUACCAAGGGCGCUAGAGGAUUUUGGAGAUGGGGGUGCCUUCCCAGAAAUUCAUGUGGCCCAAUAUCCAUUGGAUAUGGGCCAAAAGAAGAAAAUUGCCAAUGCUUUGGCUCUUCAGGUGGAUGCAGAAGGAAGAAUAAAAUACGAUGCAAUUGCUCGACAAGGACAGGCAAAGGACAAGGUUAUUUACAGCAAGUACACAGAUCUUGUGCCAAAAGAGGUCAUGAAUGUGGAUGGUCCUGAACUGCAAAGACCAGAUGAGAAGGCAGUUAGAGAGAUAACCAAGAAGACAAGAGCAGCCUUGGAGAAAUUGGUCUCCCAAAAAGUUGCAGCAGCCCUGCCGGCUGGAGCUGCUGAGAAGGCAGCUCCUGCACAGUACAUUCGGUACACGCCAUCCCAGCAAGGAGCUGCAUUCAACUCUGGAGCAAGGCAGAGAGUUAUUCGGGUGGUGGAAAUGCAGAAGGACCCUCUGGAGCCUCCAAGAUUCAAAAGUAACAGGAAGAUUCCACGAGGACCACCGUCUCCUCCAGCACCUGUCUUGCACUCUCCAAGUAGAAAGCUGACUGUGAAAGAGCAGCAAGAGUGGAAAAUUCCUCCGUGCAUUUCAAACUGGAAAAAUGGAAAGGGUUACACCGUUCCCUUGGAUAAGCGUCUGGCUGCAGACGGCAGAGGAUUGCAGACCGUUCAUAUUAAUGAAAACUUUGCCAAGCUUGCUGAGGCGCUCUAUAUUGCUGACAGAAAGGCUCGUGAGGCAGUAGAGAUGCGUGCCCAGGUGGAGAGGAAGAUGGCUCAGAAAGAAAAGGAGAAACAGGAGGAAAAGCUCCGAGAAAUGGCCCAGAAAGCCAGGGAGAGGAGAGCAGGGAUCAAAAGCCGUGUUGAACAAGAGGAUGGAGAAGCUCGAGCAAGAGACGAAAUCAGACGUGACCGGCGCAAAGAGAGACAGCACGACAGAAAUCUUUCCCGGGCAGCCCCUGAUAAAAGGUCAAAGCUGCAAAGAAAUGAGACCAGAGACAUCAGUGAAGUUAUUGCCCUGGGGGUGCCCGGCCGCAGGCCAUCCAAUGAAAUCCAGUAUGACCAGAGGCUGUUCAACCAGAGCAAGGGUAUGGACAGUGGCUUUGCUGGAGGAGAGGAUGAAAUUUAUAAUGUUUAUGACCAGCCAUGGAGAAGUGGCAAGGAUCUGGCCCAAAACAUCUACAGGCCAAGUAAAAAUAUGGAUAAGGACAUGUAUGGAGAUGAUCUAGAGGCUCGAAUAAAGACCAACAGGUUUGUUCCUGACAAAGACUUCUCUAACUUGGAUCAUAACAGCAGAGGCAGGAGCAGAGAUGGACCAGUUCAAUUUGAGGAGGAUCCAUUUGGUUUGGACAAGUUUCUGGAAGAAGCUAAGCAACACGGUGGUUCCAAACGGACACCAGACAGCAGCUGCCCUAAGGAGCACGAGCUUCAGAGCAAAAAGAGGAGGAAGGACUGAAUGUGCUCCUUGAGAGGUAGGGAAAUGGACUAAAAACCCGGACUUCCUCAAAAAGGAUUUUUAAUAUGGGGUGUGCAGGAGGAUGGUGUUGUAACACAGCAGUUCCCAACUCUAGCAUGCACACACUAAUUCUUCUACACAGGACAGCUAGCCAGGGAGAGAGAAGACAUGGAGACCACUUGGAAACAUUUCAUAAGGGAAUUAAUUCUUCUUUAGCAAGGUCUCUGACUUUGCUGAUUCCCCAUUGCCCAGCGUCUAAGGGUAAGAAUGUAGCCCCCUUCCUACAGCUUUAGUUUUUGCAGGUAGCUAAAUCUUGAGCUGUUAAAAGCUUUCCAGCUGUAUAUAAUGAUUGUGUCAUGCUGUAACAAAUGCUGGGGUGUUCAUGUUUCAGUGUUUUAGUGUGGUUAUGCAGUUUACUUGAACAAGGGAGGGGAAACAGCUGGAUUCUGUAUUAAAACAAGCACUCAUUCAUAGUCUCUCAGUAAUCCUUGCUUUAGUUUGUUUACAUUUAGUGAAAUAAAGCCUCCUUCUGUGGUAGCAGCUCCCUGGUCAGAGAGAGACAAGCUAGAUACCUUUUCCCAGAAUCAGCCUGGGAAGGUUUAGGGAGCUGGAGAGAAAGAAUUCUAAACAAUUCUGGUCUUGCUGCACCUGAUGUUGUGCACAUGUGGAAUGUGUUCUGGAGAUUUGUUUACAAAGGGGGGUUUCUUAAUUAGUCAAUGGUGAUGGUGUUUUAAUUAAAGGACCAGUUAGAGGUCCAUCUGUAAUGAAGUAGGGUAUAAAAAGCAUGGGUUUCUUAAUAAAGAACUUUAUUAACCUUCUGUGAAUAGCUUGAGAGUCUGUGUCACUUAUUACCCAGUCCUGGCUUGCUGUGCCAUUCUUCCACCACUCAAAAAAAACCCCAAAAACCAACUAAAAAGCCAAAAAGGAGCAGAGCUGCAGCAGCCAAGCUACACCAGGGCAGGGCGGGGGGAGGUCCAC